AUUUUGUUUCCACUUAUGAUUACAGACAAAGGAUGUUGCACAUAUUUGGGAACUUGGAGGUGGUACAUUUCUGUCUGAGCUCGUAGAGGUACCCAUAAAAGAAGACAAUAUUCUCUCUUCAUCAAUUAUGCUGGUUCUAGAUCUCUCUCAUCCUCAUGAACUGUGGGUAACCAUGGAGGUUCUUCUUAAAGCUGCACGUAAAAGAAUUGAAAACGUCAUGACUAAACUGUUAACCGCUUGUCCAGACGUUCAAGAAGAAAUCAUGACUAGAUCAAGGGAACGAUUUGGGGAUCAUCCUGACCUGGAGAUGAUUGAUCCAUUUCUGUUACCUUUAGUCAUUGUGGGCAUGAAGUAUGAUGUUUUCCAGGAUUUUGACUCGGAGAAACGGAAGAUAAUCGGUAGAACAUUAAGAUUUGUUGCACACCAUUAUGGAGCUUCUUUACAGUUUUGCAGCACUAAACAUGAAGGCUUGAUGAAUCGCACUAAGGCGUAUGUUGGACAUUUGGUUUUUGGAGCACCCUUGUCAGUUACCUCCAAAAUGUUAAAUUUUGACCAUGGAAAACCGCUGAUGAUUCCGUUUGGCAUGGAUUCUUUGGAACAAAUCGGUAUCGUCUCUGUUGGCAUGUUGGACCACGUCUCUGUUGGCAUGUUGAGGCUACCAUUAUGACUAAUGUCUUUAUCAUGCCGACCUUUUUGGGCUGCCUUGUCCACCCACAUGUGGAGCGACGGGCCCAUCCAGGGUUUACGCGCAUUGUUUACGUGCCCCUGUGAAAGGACAAUAGCAUCUC